AUGUCAGAGAAUGAGAUUAGGUGUAGACUGGCAUCGGAUGUAGAAACGGAACAAAAGUUACAACCAGGCAAAGCAUUGUUGAUCGUUUCAAUGGAUGGAUAUGAAUUUCAAAGUAAAGAUUUACUUGCCAUAUCCUAUAAUAUUGAUUCACGUGACACUGAAUUUCAAGCAAUAGAGGAUUAUGAACCAGACGCUCUUUCAUCAAAAGAAAAGAAAAGACAAAAUGAAAAGACCAAAGAAUCAACAACAGCGACGGCAUCAACAACAACAACAACCAAUGCCAAUCAAAAGAAUCUAUCAACCAUUUUACAAGGAGCCAGUAGUUCAUCAUUGGCUAUAUUAUUUUCAGAGUUUAUGGUCAUUGUUUUAUUGUUGGUCUAUAUUAUUUACAAUCGAACUAGAUCACCUUCAAAUCUACAUUUACAUCAUCAACCAUCGAUUAGAUAUAUACAACAAAACUAUGGACUUGUUUGGCAAUUGAACGGGUUGGAACUUAGUGUCACCAUUCGGAAUUAUUUAGAGUCUGUAGCGAUGUCUUUGGAUGGACAUUUGUUAGAGUUAACAACAAGUUAUAUCGGUCCAGUAUUUAUAGAGAAUGGGAUACCUGAUCCAAACUUUGAAUACCUUGACCUUCCAUUAUUGCACAAUCUAAGAUUGCGUACAAUACCUAGAGACGGAUCGAAAAACAUAUUAGAGAUGACUAGAGGACUACCAUCACUGAAAAGACUACAACUAGAAAAUCAUGUUAUCGAUUAUUUCCCACCAGACUUUCCCUACACCAAAACAAUUGAAGAGUUUGAUAUUACUACCUCAUUUUCAUGGACUCAUCUAAAGAAUUUAAAUUCUAUUUAUUUCCCAUCACUAGUAGGGAUGGGAUUACCUUCGGAUGCCAAAGAACCUCUUCCAGAUGGUUCGGCAGAAGACAUUGUAGCGGUAUUUGUAUCAUAUGGUAUUGACACUAUCAACUAUAGAAAUUGGAAAAGAUUACCAGAUUCGUUGUGCAGUGCUCUUGCUUUUGAUGUCUCUUACCCACCUGCAUACAAAAAAAUCAUGUUUAGAUCCUAUGUAGCUAAAUGUUUUAAAUGUUAUAAUCAUCAAUUUACAAACUUGGUAUUUAAUUUGGACCAAAAAUAUCCAAUGGAUUGUAAUGUAACAGUAUCAUCAGUAAGAUAUAUGGGAACUAAAACAAGGAUUGAAGGUAAUAAUCUUUUAAAUUCACUGAUUGAAAGAGAUUUUUUUGGUAUACCAUUACCACUUGUUACACCUGGUGGAGUGAUGACUGCAACUGUCCCCAACAAGGUUUUAGAGUAUGAUAGAACCCAUCCAUCUCUAGUGGAAGAGAACGUAGUCAUUGGAAACAAUACAGUAACCAAAUUUAUAGCAACUGUUAAGGUACCAUUCACCACUAUCAAUAUUGAUGGAGGUAUGGUAUCUUCUCAACUGCCAUACGGUCUAUACAUACGUGUACCAUUAAACUACAAUCAUUUUAUAGAUCAUAAAAUACUUGUUAGUGGGACUCCAUGCAUUAAAAGUACAAUCUUGUACACUAACGAUAAUACCUUACAAUGUUUUGCACCCCUCCUCAUCACUCAAUCACAUCAAUACCUUACAUUCCAAAUAUCAAAUAUCAGAAAUAAUGCAAUUACCUAUUACAAUUUAACAAGAUCAUACCCAAAUAUAAAUAAUACAAUUGGAGUUAAUAUGGAUGAUAUAUUGGAUACUAAUUAUCAAAAUUCAAGCAUGAUUACAUUAAAUGGAAUAUUUAGUCAUGAUAGAGAUGAAUUACCAACAAAAUCGAUUGUAUUAAUUAAUGAUCAAGAAUGUUUGGUACAAUCAAUUAAUUUCACAACCUUAUCAUGUACAAUUAAUUUAAAGAAUAUUCUUUUAAUCAACAACAAUAAUAUUAAUCUAAAACAACAAUUAGAUUUAUUUGUUGAAAUAGAUGGACAUUCACUUUCAUCAUCUAACAUUAUUUUCAUGAUUCCUCCAAGUAAUAGUAAUAAUAAUAGUAAUAGUAGUAAUAAUAAUAGUGAAGAGGAACAAGAACAAAAAGAAAAUCAUAUAACACCACUCAUUAUUUAUUUAAUCGUCACAACUAUUGGCGCCAUAGUUUUAGUAUCUGUAAUAGUAUUUUCAAUUCAUAAAAUACAAUCACAUAAACAACAACAAAAAAAGAAGAAGAAGCCAAUACUAUUACAAUUAUUUAAAACAUCAGCACAACAACACCAAAGCUAA